AUGUUGAGAUGCUGCACGGCUAGCCAUAGCAAUAAUAAAGCAAGUGGCUCACAAGUAAGGCAAAAUAUAUGCUUUACUGGUAUAGACCAUCUUACACAUUUUGACCAGUUAAAGUGUGUCCAAAUUAGUUGUUAUUGGGAGCUCAUUGAACCUUGUCAGAGAACCUUAAAACAAUCGAAACUGCAAUCCGAACGCUGCACUGUGACUACAGGCCCAGCUGGUUUGGACGACGGUGUGACAACCGCUGAGAAGGAGGUGCCUCCUGAGCUGAAUGAUGCCAUUUUUGCUACCAUUGUACAAGUGCAAAGGAAGCAAUCAGUGUUGCACGAAUUAUCCUGGCAUCAACUUGCUGAGUUUGUUAGCAAGGUGAAU